AUGCAUCCCCAGUCCAUCCUCCCAUCCCUCGUCGCGCUCGCAGCCACCGCACAAGCCAUCAACCCGCUAUGGCUGAACAUUGGCGAUAGGGCAUGCGGACAGUGCCUGGACGAGUCAUACGCCGCGUGCAACGGUCUCGGCGACGACAUGAAGCCGCCCUUUGCCGAGUGCAUGUGCGGCGGUGACGGCUCGACCAUUUUCGCCAACUGCAUUCCCAUCUGCGACCAAUCUGCCAUCGACGCCGCGGGACAGCUCACCGUGACCCUGUUCUCCUACUGCACCUACUUCUUCAAAGAGUACUGCCAAGCCGCCAUCGAUAUCGGUGUCUCGGAGAAAACCCUCUAUGAUUCGGCGUGCGGUCCCACGGGUGGCUUCUAUGGCACUGGCGGGAGCUCGGAUGACUCGUCGUCGGGGAGUGGCUCCGGUGAUAGCGCCGAUGAUGACGAGGUGACCUCCGGCUCUGGCUCCGGCUCGGGUGCUGGCUCUGGCUCUGGCUCUGGCUCUGGUUCCAGUUCCGGUUCUAGUUCCGGAUCGGGUUCCGGUUCAGGUUCCAGCUCUGGUUCCGGCUCAUCUUCAGGCUCCAGUUCAUCUUCUGGAUCGGGAUCUAGCUCCGGCCAGUCGAGCGGUGCCGAGGCCGAAGAGGACGACGACAAGAAGAGCGGCGCCACUGGGCUCGGUCGAGAAUGGGUUGGACCCAUGUUUGCCGCGGGAGCCUACGUGUUGGUGAACGUGCUAUAG